AUGGGUCGAAGUCAAGAAGAGGGAAAUAGUCAUAUUCAUGGCUUUCGGUUAUCGACCGUGGGUUCGUCCCGGCCAACAGAGACCGGUACUACCCACGAGCCUACUGGUUUAGACCUCGCCAUGAAGCUCCACUACAUAAAGUUGGUUUACAUCUACUCUGCCGAGACAGCACGUGACUUGACCGUGAUGAACGUGAAAGCCUCCUUUUUUCCAGUGUUCGAUCAGAACCCAUGGAUCACAGGCAGGUUCAGGCGGCACGAGUCGGGACGUCCAUACAUAAAGUGCAACGACUGUGGCACACGUUUCGUGGAAAGUCAUUGUGAUCUCACAGUGGAGGAGUGGCUCCGUGCACCGGACAGGUCCGUUGAUGAGUCUCUAGUUUACCAUCAACCAGUUGGACCGGAAUUGGGAUCCUCUCCUUUGAUCUAUAUCCAGAUGACCCGGUUUAACUGCGGUGGAUUAGCUUUGGGCUUGAGCUGGGCUCAUGUUAUGGGAGAUCCAUUCUCUCUUUCUCAUUUCUUCAACUUAUGGGCUCGGGCUUUUGCUGGUGAGAAGAUCUACUGUCCCAACACCUCUGACUUGGAAAGAGUAUUUCAAAAACCGAACUCUACCGGUACAACAAAACCAAACUCAAUCAAACGGGUUGACCCGGUUGAAGACCUAUGGGUCGCUCCAAGUAACAGCAGAAUGAUAACAUUCUCCUUCAAUUUAACGGUUGACGCGAUCAAAUCAAAUUUCCCGGCGAUCGGAGAAGACGUAUUCGAGAUUCUCAUCGGAAUCAUAUGGAAAUGCGUAGCGAAAGUGAGAGAAGAAGAAUCAGAUCCGGUUACGAUUACGGUCAUCAGAUCGGAUCCGAACGGGUUAAAACCAAGAGCGGUGAGAAACAGUCAGAUGAUAAGUUCCGUUCACGUCGAUUUCUCGGUGGCUGAGGCGAGUUUGGAGGAGAUUUUGAAAUCUAUCGGUGGAGCAGACGACGAGAGGUUUUGGAUCGAUGAGAUUGUUAACGGUGUUUCGGAUUUUAUUGUCUACGGAGCGAAUCUGACGUUUGUGGAUAUGAGCGGAGUUGAUUUUUACGAGGCGAAAGUUAAGGGGAAGUCGCCGGAAUCGGUUUAUUGUAAUGUUCAGGGGAUAGGUGACGGCGGAGCAGUGGUGGUUUUGCCGAGUGGUGUGGAGGAGGAGAGAGUUGUGACGGUGACGUUACCGGAGGACGAGGUUGAGAAGGUGAAAUGCGAAAUGAAUAAGUGUGGGUUGAUCACGGUGUUAGUUAACGGUGAAUGAAAGGAUGGUUUAGUUAUAUUGCUAUGAUGUGUGUGUUAAGAUUUAAGAGUGAAAUAAGUACCAGUUGUGUAUGGUUUAAAUGGUAUUAUUUGUCGUAUAAUUUAAUUUUGCAUAAUAAUAUUGUUCAGUGGUGUGUAUCUAAAAAUUAAUAUGUCAUCAAGCUCUACUUGGAUAGCUUGUAAAAAAUUUAAAGAAUAUUAUUAU